AUGAAGAUUGAGUAUGAGGCAGAUGAGCAUGGAAACCAUAGUACCUCUGUCUCUGUGGAGAUAAACAGCAACAGAGCUCUUAACCUGCUGGUCAUCAUCUCUAUCUCCCACUUCAAGCAGCUUCACACCCCCACCAACCUCCUCCUCCUCUCUCUGGCUGUUUCAGACUUCUCUGUGGGCCUCCUCAUGUUCUUUCAAAUUGUACUCAUAGAUGGUUGCUGGAUCUUUGGUGACAUCAUGUGUGCUGUGUAUCAGUAUCUUGCAUUCAUUAUUACCUCUAGCUCUGUAACAACCAUGAUGCUCAUAUCAGCCGAUCGAUAUGUGGCUAUUUGUUAUCCUCUGCAUUACUCCACUAAAGUCACACAUAAAAGAGUUCAAGUCUGUGUUUGUCUGUGUUGGAUAGGCUCUGUCAUAUUUCAAAGUUUCAUUCUGCAGGACAUCCUGAAACAACCAGGCAGGUAUAACUCCUGCUUUGGAGAGUGCAUAUUUGCUCUAAGCUCCUCUGCUGGACUUGUAGAUGCUAUUUUUACAUUCAUUGUUCCCCUUUCUGUUAUUGUUGUUCUGUACAUGAGAAUAUUUCUUGUAGCUGUGUCUCAGGCUCGUGCCAUGCGAUCUCGUAUUGCGAUUGUCACACUCCAGAAAUCAGUGAAAGUAACUGCAAAAAAAUCUGAGCUGAAAGCAGCCAGGACUCUUGGUGUUGUUGUAGUUGUGUUUCUAAUAUGUCUCUGCCCAGCUUACUGUUUCAGUUUAUCAAAUGAAGAUUACAAUAAUUCUUCAUCUUCUGCCUUUGUAAUCUGGUUGUACUAUUUUAACUCCUGUCUAAAUCCUGUGAUCUAUGCCUUUUUUUACCGCUGGUUUAGAAAAUCAAUUAAGCUCAUUGCUACACUCAAGAUACUACAGCCUGGCUCCCGUGAGGCAAACAUGCUGUAG